AUGCCCGCGCGCGUCUCGCCACCACCGGCGGCCAACUCCAGCAGCGGCCUGACCAAGGAACAGCUCGACUUCUGGAACACAAAUGGCUACCUGCUCAUCCCCGACGCAUUGAGCCCAGAGACGACCAAAGCCCUGCUCGAAGAAGCUUACACCAUGCUGGACAACUUCUCCCUCGACGACCAUCCCAUGACAAAGUUCAGCACCGGCGAGAAGAGCGACCACGUCGGUGACGACUACUUCCUCGACUCUGGCGACAAGGUUCGCUUUUUCUUUGAAGAAGACGCCUUCGACGCCAACGGCCACCUCACAAAACCAAAAUCCAAAGCCAUCAACAAGAUCGGGCACUACCUACACGGGUUAUCCCCAUUAUACCGCAGCGCCUCUCUAUCUUCUUCUAACGCCAGCAUCGCAAAAUCGCUAGGCUACACCGACCCACGCAUCCUGCAGUCCAUGAUCAUCUGCAAGCAACCAGAAAUCGGUGGCCGCGUUCCUCCACACCAAGACAGCACUUUCCUAUACACAGACCCACCCUCUGCAGUGGGCUUUUGGUACGCAUUAGAGGACGCAACAGCAGAAAACGGGUGUUUGAGUUUCGCAGCGGGGAGUCACCGACGCGCUCCCAUUCGCUCUCGGUUUGUGCGUCAACACUCCCCGACUCCGCCANGCACAGGCACAGGGUUUGCCGAAAACGAAGGAAGUCAAUGGCCACAAGGCCUUCAAGAAGACACCGAAGUGAAAAAAGAAGUGUACGAGCUUGGAGAAGUCAAGGCUGGGACUCUGGUCUUGAUCCAUGGGAACUUGUUGCACAAGAGUGAGAAGAAUACGAGUAUGAAGGGGAGAAUGAUAUACACCUUCCACUGCAUCGAAGGUGGAAAUGACUAUGAUGCAAAGAAUUGGUUGCAACCUCCGAAAGAGGGGUUCUCCAAGCUCUUCCAGUCAUAG